CGUGAUGUCACGCAGCUUUUUGUUCUGUUCAUCACCACGGAGUACGCGUGACGAACCUUUGGUCGGAAAAGUACAGUAUUCCUACACAAUGCAGUUCCAGCAUAUCGACAUCACGCAGCUCAAGAUGGGUGAUACGAAAUAUAUAUCCUCUUUCCCUCUUUCCAUGACCGACUCAUCGAUGCUCCAGUACGAUUUUCUUGUUUACGGCGACUGAUGUGAGUUUAUAGUUGGACCGAGGCUAUAAAGCCGGUUUUAGCCCAUCAUCGUGCAACGGCACUGUUCCUCUGCCACUCGAUGUCCGUCCCUCAAUGUUUCGAUCCAGUGAAAGGUCUUCUUGAUGAUCCAGAAACUGUCGUUCAACAGACUAUCGGGAGACUGGGAUCAUUGGUAUCUUUUCGUCUAAUAUCUGUUGCUGUCGAGACUGGACUUUAUGGUGAACCAUCCUUCUUCUACUCACGCAUCACUUCCCUACCCCUGACUGCAUGUAGGAUUAUCAACCGCAUUGUUCUUACUUUCCAUGUGUCUGGUCAUGCGUAACGGCCUGAAAACUACGGGCCACUGGCUACUCGUGCUAGUGACCGCCGCAAUGUUUGGAGUAGUAUCUUCCCAUCUUGUGUUGAACUGGAUCGAAACCAUGUCAUCUAUUAAAGAUAGGGUCACAUCUGUCAUCAGUGACGCAGUAAAUAGUGUUUCCUGUCAUAGUGUGGUUAUAAACACUGGUCAGAAGAAGGCGACCUCCCAGAUGGAAACGGUUGCUCAAGUUCUUCUGUCGAUUUUCAACGUAUGUGUCUUACACAUCUCACAUAUAUUGACAUUGUAGAAUUCAGGUAUCAACCUUCAGUUUGCUCUGGGCGACCUGGUCGUCAUAUGGCGAGUUUGGGCUAUAUGGAAGCCUUCCAUCAUAAUCCCAGCAUUGCCUGGUACAUUGCUCCUUGCAAG